GCCUGUUUCACACACGUCACUCAAACACAGAACCAGGAAACAGGAAUCACAUGAGUUCAGGGAAAGAGAAAGUGAAGUGUAGCUGAGCUGUUGUGUGUUUGUGACUCUGUAUUCAUGCAGUAAAAUGGCAGAAGCCAGAUUUUCUCAAGAUGAGUUCUUGUGUCCGGUGUGUCUGGAUCUCCUGAAGGAUCCAGUGACCAUCCAGUGUGGACACAGUUACUGUAAGAGCUGUAUUACAGACUGCUGGGAUCAGGAGGAUGAGAAGAGAGUCUACAGCUGCCCUCAGUGCAGACAGACCUUCAGUCCAAGACCUGCUUUAUUUAAGAACGUGGUGUUUGCUGAAAUGCUGGAGAAACUGAAGCAGACUAAACUUCAAAGUGUGGUUCCUGCUGGAGCUGGAGAUGUUCAGUGUGACGUCUGUACUGGAAGACAAUACAGAGCCGUCAAGUCCUGUCUGGUGUGUCUGGAGUCUUACUGUCAGAAUCAUUUUGCCCAUCAUGAGGAGUUUCAUUCACGUAAGCCACACAAAGUGAUUGAAGCCACUGGACGACUGCAGGAGAUGAUCUGCCAGAAACAUGAGAAGCUCCUUGAGGUUUUCUGUCGCACUGAUCAGAAAUGUAUAUGUGUGCUGUGUACGAUGGAUGAACAUAAAAACCACGACACUGUAUCAGCUGCAGCACAGAGGACAGAGAAACAGAAGCAGCUGAAGGAGACGCAGAAGACGCUCCAGCAGAGAAUCCAGCAGAGAGAGAAAGAUCUUCAGCAGCUGAGAGAGGCUGUGGAGUCUCAUAAGGUGAGUCUGGAG